UAAAACAAACGCCAUAACUUUUUAAUUUUCUCCUCUGUCCCUUGCCUACAACAGACUCUCUCAUCCUCUUUGCAGCGGCGGCGUGGAUCGGGCAUGGCCUUUGGAGUUCAGAUUUUGGUAGUGUUUCUUCAGGAGGUUGGCAGUUAGGGUUGUAUUGAUUUCUAUGUUGUUUGGCUGAGAUUUUUGUUGGGAAUUUACAAAGCGAUCCUGAAUGCGCUCUUAGUUUCUGCUAAAUGAAGCACUAGUUCUAAUUGGAGCCCGCAAUGGAAGGAUUGAAGGUUUCAGAUGCCAAUUUGGUAGUUUACGUGCACCCAUCAAAGAGUAACAAGGUUCCACAAGCGGUUCUCCGUGAGCUUAGUUCUCUGCUUUUCAGGUUCAAUGAAAGUUUUGAUGGUGUGGUUUUAGCUUAUGACGUCCAAAUUCAAGACAAAAUUGCAAAGAUUCUUCCAGGAUUUCACCCUUAUUUUGGUGUGAAGCUAAAAGCAAAGUUGUUACUUUUUGCUCCAAAGCCAAAUAUGCUUUUAGAGGGAAAGGUGGUGAAACUUACGGAAAGAUCGAUUCAUGUCAUUGUUCUUGGUUUUUCAUCUGCUAUCAUAACAGGUGAAGACAUUCGAGAAGAUUUCAAUCAUAAAAUUAAACAUGGUGAUGAACUAUUUGCUAGCAGAUCUCAAAAGCGACAUGUGAUAAAGGUUGGAACCAUGAUUCGCUUUUUAGUCAAAAGUUUUGAUGAGGAAAGACUGCACAUUUCUGGAUCUCUACUUCCAGCUAACACAGGAAGCAUUCGCUGGUUGGCUAGACAUUCGGAAGAUUUUUCAGUAUCUGACAGGAGUACAAGGAAAAGGAGUGAAAGUGAAGGAGAAUUGGUAGGCGGGGAAACAUAUUCAUUGAACAAUGACCAUCAAAUCAAGAAAUCAAAGAAGCAUAGAAUUAGAGAAUAGUCUUAAAGAUUGUUGGUUCUACAAUACACAAGAUGUUCUCUCGUUUUCAUGGGAUUGUGCAAGGCAAUCUGUUCUCAUGUAUUUGUUUGCCAAACUUGUUGCGUAGAAUUUUUUUUUAGUUUUUUAAGUAUGCUUUUGAUUUGUUUCUGACCUCAUUAAUCUCACUUCGUCAUUUUUGUCAAUCUGAAAGCUUUUGUAUCAUUUUAUGGAAUUUUCUUUUAUAAGUAUAUGCUUUAUCAGCA